AUGGCGACCAUGCAGGAAAUCUUCAAAGGCUUUGAGGAGCGUCAGGCUAAACUUGUUGAAGAUGGGUUGAAAAACCCACUUGCCCACGGCGCCGCUCUCAUUGAGGGCCAGAUCACACCUCUCUUAGACGCGAAGAUUCCUGUCCUCGACCAAGGUUUCCUCCACAGCGACCUCACCUACGAUGUCCCGGCUGUGUGGGAUGGAAAGCUCUUUCGCUUCAACGACCACCUUGACCGUCUUGAGAGGAGCUGUGCCAAGCUGAGGCUCAAGCCCCCGAUGUCCCGAAACGAGAUUGAACAAGCUACUAUAAACUUGAUCUCUAAGAGCGGGAUUCGGGACGCCUAUGUACAGAUCAUUGUCACUCGUGGCUUCCGGUUUGUUCGAGAACCCCUGCCAACCAGCGAUGCGCCAGAGAAUCAUUUCAUCUACAUCCUAGUCAUGCCCUACAUCUGGGUAAUGCCCCCUCAAAUGCAACCAGUUGGUGGAGAAGCCGUCGUCACCCGCACUGUCCGUCGGAUUCCGCCGGGAGCAAUUGACCCAACUAUUAAGAACUUGCAAUGGGGCGACUUGAUCAGAGGUCUCUUGGAAGCCCAGGAUCGCGGCUCACAAUACCCAUUCCUGACUGAUGGUGAUGGCAACAUCACCGAGGGGGCAGGGUAUAAUAUUGUCUUCGUUAAAGAUGGAGCUCUUUAUACGGCAAAGAAGGGCGUUUUAGAAGGUAUUACACGGCAGUCAGUGUUCGACGUCGCCGAGAAGGCUAAAAUUCUGGUCUAUCUCGACGAUGUUCCUGCUAGCCUGGCGUAUGUAGCUGAUGAGAUCUUUCUGUGUACUACGGCUGGUGGUAUUAUGCCAAUUACAAAGCUCGAUGGCGAGUCCAAGGGAGAGGUUGGACCUAUCACAAAAUUGAUCUGGGAUGGAUAUUGGGCAAUGCAUUAUGACCCAAGGUUAAGCAUGGUGUCUAGGAAAUAUAAGCUCAAGCCUGGCCAGAUAGCUGUAACUCCGCCAAUUACUACGCCUUACUUAGACCAGCUACGACAGCUUCUGGGCAAAACUAUGCAAAAAGAAAAAAAAGAGGUUAGAGAUGCAUAUAAAAUGUUCACAUCAUGCAUUAUUGCUGUUCAUGGCCUAGGUUCUCCCGCAAAGGGCGAGACGAAACACGCAUUCGACACGUGGAGAACUCCAUCAGGUCAAAAAGGACGUCUAUGGCUUCAGCAAGAUCUACCAGCACAUAUUCCCGACUCUCGUAUCUUUCUAUACCAAUAUGAUGCAACGCCUACGUACGGCCGAGGUCUUGGCGAUUUUCGCAGCAAGAGCGAUAAUCUUCUUGAAGUCAUAAGCAAUGAGAGAGGAGAUGAUCUUGAAAGGCCAAUCUUACUACUCGGUCAUAACUUGGGGGGCUUGUUGAUCAAGCAAGCUCUUAUCAACGCCCAUAGCAACCCAGGCUACAUCGCCAUUAAGGACGCUACCGCCGGCCUCGUAUUCUUUGGAACACCACAAGAUACCGUUGCUCAGAAGCUUGGUGAAACGGCGGUAUUGAUUGCAAAAGACUUGGGGCUUAGAGCGGAAGAUGAUGUUGUCAAAUCUCUGCAGACUGCUACCAUCUUCUCUGAGAUCGAGUCAUGGAAACAUCAAGUACUCGAGUACGACAUUGUCUCCUUUUGGGGGUCAUCUGAUACCGUGGUCUCCCGUGAGUGCGCUAGUCUUGGGCUGCCCGGUGAUAUUGCGAAGAUAGUAGAACUCAACGCUAGUCACAGAGAACUUUGCAAGUUCGGCACUACUGACAGAGACCAGUACAACUUGAAGAUCGUGGUUGCGAAUAUUAAGCGUCUCUACAAAAUAGCGAUCGAAAAGUUUGAGUCGCAAGGUGCUUGGUUUCCAGAUACGUCUGGUGUCGAAACGCCCCGCACUUCAGAGGAAUAUGGCCAGGACGAUCUUGAUGACGGCGUGGAAGGGACACAGAGUGUCACGACAAGUACAACUGAUACGACAAGACAACCGGUGUUUACGUCGAGCCAGGGGAGCCAACUUCAAGCUGACGAAACAACUGUUCAAAACUCUUUGAUCAAGGAUUUCGGCCACCCUAAUGCAGAAGAAGCGCAGGGUCUCACAGGCUCAGCUUUGGAGGACCUCCACAUCGCAGACAUCCAGGAGGCUCAAGGUAAUCUUUAUUCCCGGACGCCUUUUACAAAUCUCAGCCUACUACAGUUCGACCACUCAGCCCCAAGCAUUGGUGAUAGUACCAACUCGAUUACUGGCAGAUCCUGCGAUGGUCUUGUUGUGGAGACCGUCACUUCGUCAAGCAAGCCAACCGCAAAGCUUGAGGCAAACGUUAUUGUUGCUACACCCGGUAGGCUUUUCGACUACAUUCGUCGUCGUCUGGUCGACACGUCUCAGGUGAGGUUCUUUCUCGUGGACGACGUCGAUUAUGUUGUGGAUUUUUCAGCAUUGAGACAGCUUUGCAUUCGAGUCGCCAGAAAGUCGCCGAAAACCACUCAAUUUCUAUUCCUUUCCGAUCUAUCAACGCGGGCCUCAGAUUUUGUAAAUGAUAUGCUCCGGUCCAAUACUUGGGAGAAGCAUGAGGUGAAGGCGGUAGAACUGAAUGCCAACAAGAUCGUUCACCUGUUAUUCAGAUGUAGCGGGGAGCAGGAGAAGCUUGACAUUAUUUGCAAGCUUCCUGGUGUCGUGCAGAUAACAGAAGAAGGCCACGCCAUAACGAACUUGUUCAAGGCAACUGAUGACAGCGGGAUGGAAGAGCUAUUGGAGAACUUCGAGGCUGGACAAGCCAAGGUUCUCAUUACAAAAGACUACAAGACCCGGGGCCUUGAUCUUCCCUCUAGCUCCAUGGCCAUUAACUAUGAUAUACCGGAUGCCGACCCAUACCGGUACAUUCGUCAAGUCAGUCGCGCAGGCAAAGCCGGGCGUUCUGGUUUCGCCGUGAAUCUGAUCAUGGAUCUGGCCAAAUUCUACUACAACCUGUGA